AUGGAGCACUCGACACCAGCUGAAAAGGUCAGCCAAACACCCGCCGCCCCCCGAGACGUGGAGGCGGGUGAUGGACACAUCGUCCACAAUACUCGCCCGGACCAUGUCGCGGUUGACAACACCAAAAUCGAGGAGAAAAUCCGCGGCGUGGAUCACGAUGCUGCCGCCGACAUUUUCGUCGGCGAAGGGGGAGUAUUCGAGUACGAUGAAGACGAGGCACGUAAAGUCAAGUGGAAGCUUGACCUGAUCCUGCUCCCCAUGAUGACUAUUACAUACCUUCUGUCCUUCAUCGACAAGGUAGCCUUGGGCAACGCCUCGAUUCUGGGUAUCCGUCAUGAUAACCACCUUGUCGGCCAGCAGUACAGCUGGGCAUCAUCGAUCUUCUACUUCGGGUACAUCCUGGCUCAAUACCCCAGCUCUAUUCUGAUGCAGAAGCUGCCUAUCGGACGGUAUCUCGGGGUCAUGAUCAUGUGCUGGGGUGUUGCCAGCACUUGCAUAUCCGCAACCACGAACUUUGCCACCCUCGCGACCUGCCGCUUUUUCAUCGGCUUCUUCGAGACAUGCAUCUCGCCAAUUAUGACCAUCUAUGUCGGCCAAUACUGGACGCGGCGCGAACAGCCUCUGCGUGCCUGUGGGUGGUGGAUAGGCGCUCCUCUAGGAGGAUUUGUGAUCGACGGCCUUGCUUACUCCAUCACCUCUCCUUCUUGGGGAGGAGGCAAGUACACCCAGUGGCAAGUGCUUUUUCUGAUCUGGGGACCCGUAACUAUUGCAUAUGGACUGUUUUUGGUUUUCUUUAUGCCCAACUCUCCGACCAGCGCGUGGUUCCUGAGCGACCGGGAGAGGAAGAUUGCCGUGAUGAGGGUCAUCACCAACCACACCGGCAUUGCAAACCGGCAUUACAAGAAGUACCAGGUUCUGGAGUGCCUGCGUGACCCUCAGGCCUGGGCAUACUUCUCACUGGCUCUGCUCCAGUGCAUUGUUGGCAGUGGCCUGACGAACUUUGACAAGAUUGUCUACACCAGUCUCGGCUAUGACGACCAUGACGCCACCAAGGCCUCUUUUGGGGGCGAUGGUGUACAACUGGCCUCUCUACUCAUCGCCGGCUUUGUGACGGUCCAGUAUCGGAACUCCCGGAUUCUGUCCAGCAUCAUAAGCAACCUCGUGGUUCUACUCGGUUCGCUCCUCGUGUACUGCAUACCUCAGGACCAGACCAAAGUUCGUCAGGGAGGGCUCUAUAUUCUUUUUGUGAACACUGUCACAUACAUCAUGGUCAUGUCCAUGAUCUCCUCAAAUAUCGGCGGCUUCACCAAGAAAGCCACAUGUUCAGUCAUGGUGUUUCUUGGAUAUGGUAUCGGCCAACUCAUCGCGCCGCAGUUCUUCCUGGCUAAGGAAUCGCCCACUUACCCAACUGGGUUCCGCGCUUUCUAUGUCUCCACGGCCUUGAUGAUUGCUAUCCAGGUUGCCCUAUACAUUUACCUUCGCUUUGAGAAUCGCCGGAGGGAGCGGAUUGCGCCUGCCCACAAUGCUGAACAGCAGGCUGAUGCCGCUGCAUUCUUGGACAUGACUGACAUGGAGCAGCCCGAGUUCCGGUACAUCACGUAA